AUGAACACACUUAAAGUUUUGCUCAUAAUUUUCCUAUUCUAUUCAGAAAUCAACUUCAGUGCUGCAUUGAAAAAUUGGGGCAUAAUCUUCCGCAUGGGUAUUCCCGGUGUAUUCAUGGUUGCCCUGGAAGAAUGGUGUUUCGAAGCGCUGACGUUCGUUGCAGGAUCUAUGGGCGAGGUCACUCUGGGAGCACACGCUAUUGCGUUUCAAAUACAAUCAAUAAUUUACAUGGUACCAUUAGGUAUUUUUACAGCGGUCAAUGUUCGAGUCGGUCAAAGAUUGGGUGCGUUUGAUCCCAUAGGUGGUCGAUUUGCCUAUAGGACAGCUUUGGGACUAAUUCCAUUCAUCGCCAUGCUCACCGGUGGACCGGUGAUCCUGCUCAGGCAUCAUUUGCCCUAUUUGUUCACCCAAGAUCCGUAA